AUGCGUCGUUUGCUCGUCGCAUCCGUCGUUGCUCUCGGCCUUGCUGGUGCCUAUGCACACUCCGGGAGCGUUGACAACCAGGUCCGCCGACGCAAGACCCUCGGUUUUGGUCCUGUUCACCCCCAUGCUGUAUACCGUUCAGAACCCAUCGCUUCUAGCAACUUUUUGGAUGCUAGUGGUGGCGACCCCUAUGAGGUCGCUCAGCGCUUCAUCCACGACCUCACUCGUGAAUCGUCGCCAGCUAGCUCAUUCGUGAUCCGUAAGGACUCGUAUACCGACAAGAACACGGGUGUCACACACAUCUACGUCCGUCAGUACAUGCACGGCAUCGAAGUCGCAGACGGUGACAUCAAUGUCAACGUCAAAGAUGGUGUCGUCAUUUCCUAUGGUGACUCGUUCUACCGUGGCUCCGAGCAAGAUCCGUUCAUCUCUGGCCUCGUUCGUGGUCUGCCUGAUGCUCAUUCUGAGUACUGCGCCGGGCUUGUUCAGGAACUCCAAUCCCGUUCGGAACAGGUCGAGGAGCGAUUGGCUAACCAACAGAGAUUUGAGGGACAGAGCGACCAGGUGACACUUGGUGGUGCAGGUGUGAUGCUCGAGCAGGCAUUAGGCGACUUGCCCCACCUGUUCGAGUGGAACUGCGCUCAUGUUGCGACGCCGUUUGUUACGGCUUUCCAUGAUGCCUUCUCCGGCCAGGAGGACACGCUCGGCGAUCCUACGCGCGCAUUACUUCAGUUCAUGAUCGCUGCUACUCCCGACCAGGAGCUGUCACAGCGCCUAAUGGCGGAUCCUGCGCAGUAUCUCGAGAAGAUGCAGUCGACCUGGGAGACACACAUCGUCGGUGGCCACGGGACGAUAUCUGCUGUCAUUGACAAUGUUCCCGACGCAGUGAACCCUGUGAAAGCCAAGGUGGCCUUUAUUCAAGUUCCGAACGGCGAAUCUACUGCGUUGGAGCUUGUCUGGAAGCUUGAAGUCGAGAUGCAGGACAACUGGUAUGAGGCUGCCGUCUCUGCCUCGUUGCCGCACCGCAUUGUCUCUGUUGUGGAUUGGGCCUCUGAUUCACCCAUGCCUGUUGCUCCUCUUCCUCCGACUCCGGAGCGCAAGCCGGCUGCAUACCAUGUUUUCGGCUGGGGCGUCAACGAUCCCUCUGUCGGCAACCGCUCUGCACAGCCAGAGAACUUCGACUCGCUCGCAAGCCCGCUUGGUUGGCACUCGCUGCCAUACGCUAACGACCCUCAUUCAUUGCAGGCCAGGGUUAAGAGUGGUCCCAAGGGCGAGAAGUUCCGCAACACCAGCACGACGUGGGGUAAUAACGUCUUCGCGCACGAAAACUGGGAAGGCAGGAAUGAAUGGGAAUACAAUUACCGCCCCGAUGCCGGUUCUGACAUGGUCUUCAAUUACACCUACUCGCCGAAGGAUACGGAUCGCACGGAUGCGCUCGAGGAGGCAAAGAAGUACAUCAACGCCACGGUGACGCAGUUGUUCUACACGAGCAACCUUGUACAUGAUCUAUACUACCGAUAUGGCUUCGACGAGGUUUCUGGCAACUUCCAACAGCACAAUUUCGGCCGCGGCGGUGAGGAGAACGAUGCUGUCAUUGCUAACGCGCAGGAUGGUAGCGGGUACAACAAUGCUAAUUUCAUGACGCCGCCCGAUGGUCAGAACGGGCGUUGUAGGAUGUACCUGUGGAACACCGCUAGCCCGUAUCGCGAUGGUGAUUUGGAAGCAGGUAUUGUCAUCCACGAACUCAGCCACGGAUUGAGUACCCGUUUGACUGGUGGUCCUGCUAACUCGGGCUGUCUUGGAUGGGGCGAGUCUGGAGGUAUGGGUGAAGGCUGGGGAGACUUCUUGGCUACCACGAUCCGUAGCAACAAGGUCUACUCAGACUAUGCUAUGGGUGCAUGGGCUGCUAACCGUCCCACUGGCAUUCGGAACUACGUUUACUCGCUGAAUGAAACUAUCAACCCAUCCGUAUACAAGACUCUCGACAAGCCCGGUUACUGGGGCGUUCACGCGAUUGGCGAGGUUUGGGCUGAGAUGCUAUGGGUUGUCUCUCAACGCCUCAUUGCGAAGCACGGCUACGUCGAGACGCUCUUCCCACCUGCGCCUCUUGCUGACGGCACGGUGCCCGAGGGUGACUUCUACCGACCAGCCGAGUAUACUGUCACCGGUGAACGCAAGCCUCUGAUCCCCAAGCAUGGCAAUUCGCUUAUUGUCCAACUCGUUCUUAAUGGCAUGAAGCUCCAGCCAUGUCGCCCAUCGUUCUUCGACGCCCGUGAUGCCAUUAUCGAAGCUGAUCAGAUCCUCACCGGUGGCGAGAACUACUGCGAUCUCUGGAUCGCCUUCGCCGAGCGUGGGCUGGGUCCUGACGCACGCGUCGAUGGCCGCACGCCAUGGGGCGGAGGAGUGCGUACUAACGACUUCAAGGCACCCACGAAGUGCAAGGCUGCCGAUGCCAAGCUUGCGAGUCACUAG